AAAUGAGUGUGUUUUUUUCUCUCAACCCUUUAACUUUAAGGCUGUAAAUUGAGAACCAGUAAACCCCACCAGACCCUUUGCAUUUUCAUCUUCUUCCUUCAUCAUCUCUGCUGCUCCAGGGACAAUCCUCGUGUACAUACUCAUAAUCAUCACUGCGGGAAUCUGCUCAUUGAAAGCCAUUGAAUUCUUGACAAAAUUUCUCACUUUUUGACUUCUUGGAGAAAUGGGUUCAUCUGAUCGAUUGUUUAAUAGGCAACGAACGAUUCAUCAGAUCCUCGGCGGAGGAAUUGUUGCAGAUGUGAUUCUUUGGAGAAGAAAGGAUUUAACAAUGGGGAUUAUGAUUGUAACAGUAGCUUCUUGGUUGAUGUUUGAGAAAUCUGGCUAUACUUUAUUAUCAUUUGUUUCUAGUGUUCUUUUGCUCUUAUCUUCCAUUCUUUUCUUUUGGGCCAAAUCUGCUGCAAUUCUAAACAGGCCUGCUCCACCAUUACCCGAUUUACAUUUAUCCAAAGAAACAAUGAAUGAGAUAGCUUCUCUUGUCCUUGAUAAUAUUAAUGCAUUGUUAUCAAUAUCACAUGACAUCGCUCUAGGAAAGGACACGGAAAUGUUCUUGAGAGUAUCGGGGUGGCUGGGGCUAAUUUACAUUAUAGGUGGGCUAACGGAUUUCAUAACAUUGGCCUAUUCGAGUCUUGUGGUUCUUCUUACUCUCCCAGCUCUCUAUGAAAAGUUUGCGGAUUGUAUAGAUGGAUUUAUAUUGACGGUUUACAGAAGAUCGAGGCAAUUCUAUGUUUGGUUCAAUGUGGAAUAUAUCGCGAGGGUAAGGACAAUGAUCUUGGAAAAGCAGAAACUUAGCUGACUUUGUUUUUUAACACAAAUUUUGUGAGGUUUGUUGUAAAGUCUUUCUUGGCUGCUGGAGUUUGGUUGGUUGUUUUGUAAAAGGUCUUUCUUUUAUUUUUCUUGCUUGAAGAGGAAAAUUGUAUUUUGAAUUUUAACUCUAUAUAUGUAAGUGUUUAUAAAUUAUUCUUAUUCUAUGUUUUUUAUAAAAACAAUAUAUUGGAUUUAGGAGUUAUAAAGAGAAAUAAAGGAAUAGAUGAU